CAUUUUCACCAUCUCCACCAACUACUACUACUACCCAUCACCAAUUACAUUACUCUUUUCUUUCACUUUCAUUCCUCCUUAAACGACGGCGUUCAACUCACAGAAGACCAUCUACGUUAACUCUCAUGGCUGCCUCUACCACUACCAAUCCCAUCACCACUCCUCCCACUUUCCAGCCCCACCGUCACUACCGUAAAAAAGACAAGAUCGUCGUCAUCAUGGGCGCCACCGGCACAGGAAAAUCCCGCCUUUCUGUUGAUCUUGCCACCAGGUAUUUCCCUUCUGAAAUCAUUAACUCCGAUAAAAUGCAAGUCUACAAGGGUCUUGAUAUCACCACCAACAAGAUUUCUCUGCAUGAACGUCAGAACAUUCCCCACCACUUUCUAGGCGAGUUCGACUCGCAGGACGGCGAGUUGACUCCCCUCGAGUUCCGCCACCUCGCUCACUUAACCAUCUCCGAUAUUGUCUCCCGUAAAAGAACACCCUUUAUCGUCGGCGGCUCUAACUCCUUCAUUUAUUCAUUACUUGUCCAAGAAUACAACCCAAGGUUCGAUGCUUUGGAUGCCUUCAACUCAGUGAGUUCAAGCUUGAGAUAUAACUGUUGUUUUCUCUGGGUUGACUCAUCAUUACCUGUUUUGUAUGAAUAUCUGGACAAGAGAGUAGACGAAAUGUUUGAGACGGGGAUGUUCGAGGAGUUAGAAGAGUAUUUUCGUGAGUCAGAAGAGUUGAAAUACUGCGUUAACUCAGUGAGUCGGAGCGGGUUAAGGAAGGCCAUCGGAUUACCCGAGUUCGAGAGGUAUUUCAGGGAGUACCCAGCGGAGGAAGUUACACCAUAA